AUGGAGACGAAGGAGGUGAAGGUGGAUGUGAUGAUGGAGUCGCAGGAGGAUAAAAAAAAACGUGGAUACAGUAAGGAGGGAAGGUACUGGCUAGUCCACUUGGCCAUUCAGGAACAGUGUAGUUGCGAGUGUGAAGAAGCAGAGAGAAAGAGAAGUGAGAAGGAAGGAGGGUGCAGCAUGGGUGAUGCAGGUGCAGGUGCAGGUGUGAAAAUUGACGUGUUCUGGGACGAAGGAAUGUUGGAGCACGAUACUGGAAUCGGUGUAUUUCACACAGGAAUGAAAGUAGGGUUCUUAGAGGUGUUGGAUAAGCACCCUGAAAAUUCCGACAGAGUUCGGAACAUGGUGUCUAUCCUGAAAAAGGGUCCCAUCGCUCCUUACAUUUCUUGGAACUCUGGUAGAUCCGCUCUCAUCUCUGAGCUUCUUUCCUUUCACACUCCUGUUUCACUUGAAGCUGAUAAAGAAAACCCACAUCUUAGAAACUCAGAAAGAUCUUAAUAAAGCAGCGUUCCAGGAAAAUCAAAUGUGAACCUUCGACACUGCCAUUGAGGCCGCCAAGGCCUAUAACCAUGCUGCCUUCAGGCUCUGCGGCUCAAAGGUCAUCCUCAACUUCCCGCUUGAAGCAGGUGCUGUGGAUGCCACCGCCGAGGACCAAGACGAAAGGAAGCGGCGGUACAAGAGGAGGUAGAGCAAGUGAAGUCGGUGGUGCAGAAAGAGAAAACAAACCCUAAUUUGAGUUUCAAUUUUUAGAAUAUUUUUUAAUUAUAUAUUCCCGUAUACCACUUAAA